AUGUGUGGUAUAUUGGGAGCCGUUUUAGCGGAUCAACAAUCAAAUGUUGCUCCAGAGUUAUUUGAAGGGGCCAUGUUUUUACAACAUAGAGGACAAGAUGCUGCUGGGAUAGUUACCUGUGGUAAUAAAGGACGUUUUUACCAAUGUAAAGGUAACGGUAUGGCCCGUGAUGUUUUCACUCAAUCCAGAAUGAAUAAUUUAAUUGGUAAUAUGGGUAUUACUCAUUUAAGAUAUCCAACCGCUGGAUCAAGUGCAGGAAGUGAAGCCCAACCAUUUUAUGUUAAUUCACCAUUUGGUAUUUCGUUAAGUCAUAAUGGGAAUUUAGUUAAUUCUAAUUAUUUACGUCGUUAUUUAGAUGAAGAAGUCCAUCGUCAUAUUAAUACUGAUUCCGAUUCUGAAUUAUUAAUAAAUAUUUUUGCUAGUGAAUUAGAUAAAUUUAAUAAAUCCAGAGUUAAUAAUCAAGAUAUUUUUCUGGCAUUAAGUGGAACCAUGAAUAUUAUUAGAGGAGCUUAUGCCUGUGUUGCAAUGUUAGCCGGCUAUGGGGUUAUUGGAUUUCGUGAUCCAAAUGGGAUUAGACCAUUAUUGUUUGGAGAACGAGAAACUGAAAAGGGGAAAGAUUAUAUGUUAGCAUCAGAAAGUGUUGUAUUAAAAGCACAAGGAUAUAAUAAAUUUAGAGAUGUUAAACCUGGAGAAGCAGUUAUAAUUAGAAAAGAUGGAUACGUUGAAUUUAAACAAGUUAUUGAAAGUAAAAUAUUUGCCCCCGAUAUUUUUGAAUACGUUUAUUUUGCAAGACCGGAUUCUGUUAUGGAUGGAGUUAGUGUUUAUCAUUCGAGAAUUGAAAUGGGUAAUAAAUUAGCUAAAAAAAUUGAAGAAACUUUACAAGGAGAAAAAAUUGACGUUGUUAUUCCAGUCCCCGAUACAUCACGUACCUCAGCAUUACAAUGUGCGGUAUCAUUAAAUAUACCAUUUAGAGAAGGAUUUGUUAAAAAUAGAUACAUUGGAAGAACCUUUAUAAUGCCAAAUCAAAAGGAAAGAGUUAGUUCAGUUAGAAGAAAAUUAAACGCCAUGGAAAGUGAAUUCAAAGAUCGAAAUGUAUUAUUAGUUGAUGACUCGAUUGUUAGAGGAACAACAUCAAAAGAAAUUGUUGCAAUGGCUCGAGAAGCCGGUGCUCGUAAAGUAUUUUUCGCAUCUUGUGCACCACCAAUUAGAUUUAAUCAUAUUUAUGGUAUUGAUUUAGCAGAUACAAAAGCCUUAGUUGGAUUUAAUAGAAAUGAAGAGGAAAUCAGUCAAGUGAUUGGUGCCGAUCAAGUUAUUUACCAAGAUUUACAAGACUUGAUCGAAUGUUGUCAAAAAUCUGAAGAUAAAAUUGAAAAUUUCGAAGUUGGUGUUUUCACCGGUAAAUACAUUACUGGUGUUGAAGAUGACUACUUGGAAGAAUUAGAAAAAAUUAGAGCUCAAAAUCAAAGAUUGAAACAACAAAGUCAAUUACAAGGAUUGAGUGUUGAUGCAUGUAUUGAUGCUAGUGAUAUGGUGGAUGUUAAAGCAGAAGUAGAUAUAAGUAUAUAUAAUCGAGGUGAUUAUGAAUAA